GGCGGGAGGAGGCCGCGGCGGGGGUCCCCGGCCGCGUGGGCAGAGCUGGGGCCGGGCUGCCUCCCCAGGGGCGCGCGCGGCUAUUAUUUUCUCCCCCUCCCCUCCCCCAGGAUGAACUUGCGUCCUUUCUCUUCUCCGCCAUGGAAUUUUGCUCCGUGCUUUUAGCCCUCCAGAGCCAAAGAAACCCCAGACAACAGACGCCCAUACGCAGCGUAUAGCAGUAACUCCCCGGCUCGGUUUCUGUGCCGUAGUUUACAGUAUUUAAUUUUGUAUGAUAUAUAUAUAUUAUUAUUUAUUAUAGCAUUUUUGAUACCUCAUAUUCUGUUUACACCCCUUGAAAGCCCCUCAGUAAUUUCUCUUGUUAGUUAAGAAACCACUACUCCAACAAGAGAAUGGCAUCUACCAUGGCCACGCUGAUCGCCAGUACCCUGGCCGCUACUGCAGCUUCCAGUCCCUUAGUGGACGACCUCUGGAUGCUCAUCCUGGGCUUCAUCAUUGCGUUCGUCCUGGCCUUCUCUGUGGGGGCCAAUGAUGUAGCAAAUUCGUUCGGUACAGCGGUGGGCUCCGGUGUGGUCACCCUCAAGCAAGCCUGCAUCCUAGCUAGCAUCUUCGAAACCGUGGGCUCAGUCUUGCUGGGGGCCAAGGUGAGCGAAACCAUCCGCAAGGGCUUGAUCGAUGUGGAGAUGUACCGGAACUCGACCCAGGAGCUGAUGGCCGGCUCGGUCAGUGCUAUGUUUGGUUCUGCUGUGUGGCAACUAGUGGCUUCGUUUUUGAAGCUCCCCAUAUCCGGGACCCAUUGUAUUGUCGGUGCAACCAUUGGUUUCUCCCUGGUGGCAAGGGGGCAGGACGGUGUCAAGUGGUCUGAACUGAUAAAAAUUGUGAUGUCUUGGUUCAUCUCUCCGCUGCUUUCUGGUAUUAUGUCUGGAAUUUUAUUCUUCCUUGUUCGUGCAUUCAUCCUGCGGAAGGCAGAUCCCAUUCCUAAUGGUUUGCGAGCUUUGCCAGUGUUCUAUGCCUGUACAAUUGGAAUAAACCUCUUUUCCAUCAUGUACACUGGAGCACCAUUGCUGGGCUUUGACAAACUUCCUCUGUGGGGUACCAUCCUCAUCUCGGUGGGAUGCGCAGUUUUCUGUGCCCUUAUCGUCUGGUUCUUUGUAUGUCCCAGGAUGAAGAGAAAAAUUGAACGAGACAUUAAGUCUAGUCCUUCUGAAAGUCCCUUAAUGGAAAAAAAGUGUAGCUUGAAAGAAGACCAUGAAGAAACAAAGUUGUCUCUUGGUGAUGCUGAGAACAGGAGCCCUGCUUCUGAGGUCGGGUCUGCCGUUGUGCCCUUGCGGGCUGUGGUGGAGGAGAGAACAGUCUCGUUCAAGCUCGGAGACCUGGAGGAGGCUCCAGAGCGGGAAAGGCUGCCCAGCGUGGACCUGAAGGAGGAGACCAGCAUAGACAGCGCCAUGAAUGGUGCAGUGCAGUUGCCUAAUGGGAACCUUGUUCAGUUCAGUCAAGCCGUCAGCAACCAGAUCAAUUCCAGUGGCCACUAUCAGUAUCACACCGUGCACAAGGAUUCUGGCUUGUAUAAAGAGCUGCUCCACAAAUUACAUCUGGCCAAGGUGGGAGACUGCAUGGGAGACUCUGGUGACAAGCCCUUGCGACGCAAUAAUAGCUAUACUUCCUAUACCAUGGCAAUCUGUGGCAUGCCCUUGGAUUCAUUCCGUGCCAAAGAAGGUGAGCAGAAAGGUGAAGAAAUGGAGAAACUGACAUGGCCCAACACAGACACCAAGAAGCGAAUUCGGAUGGACAGUUACACCAGUUACUGCAACGCCGUGUCUGAACUUCACUCUGCGUCUGAGAUGGACAUGAGCAUCAAGGCAGAGAUGGGUCUGGGGGACAGAAAAGGAAGUAGUGGCUCUCUAGAAGAAUGGUGUGACCAGGAUAAGCCGGAAAUCUCUCUCCUCUUCCAGUUCCUGCAGAUCCUUACUGCCUGCUUUGGCUCCUUUGCUCACGGUGGCAAUGACGUCAGCAAUGCCAUUGGCCCUCUGGUUGCUCUGUAUCUGGUUUACAUCACAGGAGAUGUUUCUUCCAAAAUGGCUAUACCAAUAUGGCUUCUGCUCUAUGGUGGUAUUGGUAUCUGUAUUGGUCUGUGGGUUUGGGGAAGGAGAGUUAUCCAGACCAUGGGGAAGGAUCUGACUCCAAUCACUCCUUCUAGUGGCUUUAGUAUUGAGCUGGCGUCUGCCCUCACUGUGGUGAUUGCAUCAAAUAUCGGCCUCCCUAUCAGUACGACACACUGUAAAGUGGGCUCUGUUGUGUCUGUCGGCUGGCUUCGAUCCAAGAAGGCUGUUGACUGGCGACUGUUUCGCAACAUUUUUAUGGCCUGGUUUGUCACAGUCCCCAUCUCUGGUGUUAUCAGUGCUGCAGUCAUGGCGAUCUUCAAAUAUGUCAUCCUCAGAGUGUGAAGCUGUUGGAGAUUCUGAUUUGUGUGGAUGUUUGGGACCACCGUAUACAUUCCUGCUCCCUUGAAGGAAGAUUACAGUGUCACCCAAGACUGACAAGAGUCUUUUUAAAGUCGGGGAGCUGUGGGAGGGAAGUGUUACUUAUGCUAUAAUUGCUUUUGUGCUAAAUAUGAUUUAUCUCAAAAUUAGCUAUGUAAAAUAGCCAGGUUUCCACUGGUUCCUACUGAGGUCCCUUUUCCUUCUGGGCUGUGAAUUCCUGUACAUAUUUCUCUACUUUUUGUAUCAGGCUUCAAUUCCAUUAUGUUUUAAUGUUGUCUCUGAAGAUAACUUGUGAUUAUUAUUAUUUUUUUAAACGACCAUGCAGAGCCAUUUGACAGAGUACUCUGCUUUGUUGGAUUCACCAGCUUCUGCCCUAACAUGCACAGGGAUUUAACAGCAACAAAAUGUAACUGAAGCUUCCCUUGUAGUCUCUUAUAGAACCAGUCCUUGGCACUCUGCCCUCCUGUCCGUAGCGGCAGGUUCUGUUGGCGUAUGUGGGGACUGCUUAGAGGGGUAAGGUUCUUGGGACACAAUGAAAAUUUUAGUUGUAACUUCUUUGCAAGCAAUUCCUUGAGUAUUAUUGCUAAGAAGUAGGAAGAACAAGCCUUGUGGCAAUCUUGGUUAUUUCUUUAAGAUUUCUGGCAGUGUGAGAUGGAUGAAUGAAGUGGAAUAUGAACUUUGGGCAAGUUAAAUGGGACAGCCUUCCAUGUUCAUCUGUCUACCUCUUAACUGAAUAAAAAAAGCCUACAAUUUUUAGAAAA